UGAAGUGCGGUACUCAUUGAGGUACACGUUAUUGUACGCAACUAUGGACGCAUGAGAGCAAACGGUGUAAAAAUAAAAAAAUAAAAAAGCGUAUCUACUCAGACAAACCGGGCAUUGCAUAUAAAAUAAAAUUGCUUUAUAUACUUUCAUCGGGAGUUAAUUGCACAUGCACAAAGAAGAAGUGCUGAGUUCUGGAGGAAAAUACUUGCCUUAGAAAAAAUAAUACAUAGAAGAAGUGAAAUUCAGAAAGAAUUUAAUAAAACAAAGUCUGUUAAAGUUUUCGUUAGUUUUUGUGCUUGCAACUACGCGCAUUACGAAAUAAAUCGGAAGAAGAAGACGCUUAGUGAGAGUAAAUAAGAGAAAAACAGAUUGCACAGCCUAAAGGCCGUCUGGCUGUGGCGGCGGAGAGCUGUGACAACGAGGGCGCAAAACUUUCGAAACUUUCGAAAAGUAGUUCAAAGCGCAGGUUUUAAUAGUGCGGCGAUUACUUUCGUCUAUCUACUCUGCUUGGCAGCGAAUUCGCAAAGCAGACGGUGUGCAACACUAUCAAAAUAGCUAGCAGAAAAUAAUGGAGAGCUACUGCUAAAAGUUCACUCAGUGAAACAUAAAGAUCGAUACCGGUGGGAUAAAAAUUGUGAUUUAAAAAAAAAAAAAUAAGUCAGUGAACAGAUUAGAAUUACAAAAAUCGUUUAAAAAAGUGAAAUAUACAUGUAUUUGAUGUAGUGUAGUGAUCUAUUUAGAAACAUGCACAGAGAAUACGACUAUUCAAAAUAAACAGGAAACAGCUUGUGGAAAGUAAUAAUAAUCCAAAACAUAAAAAGAACAAAAUACCUUAAAUUUCAAUCUCCCCAAGAUACCCCUUUCAACUCGAGUUACGCCGACUAAUAUUAACGCACUAAUAACAGUAACUGGCAAAAGCAAAAACAAAAUUUUGAAACAGCGUAAAAACCGUUUAGUCACAACGGAAGCGCAACAAAUUCACACACGCACACGUAUGUAUGUAUGUGCACAAACUAAUAAUUUUUAGCACGCGCGAAAAUACUUACAUACGAGUAUACAUAUAUGUACAUAUGCAGAGCAGACUCGUUCACUCUCGCUUGUGACAAAUUGCGCCAACAAAUUAAUGUGUUUAAAUACUCUCUAUCGAUCGAGAGUCAGAAUUAAUGUACAAUAACAAACACAUAAUUACUGUAUUAAUUUUGAGAUACCAGAGAGUAGCUUCCAAUAAAUAACCGGCAAGCUAAUAUUGGAUGCGUUACUCAAACGCUCGGUGCAGGUUCUAUUCGAUUUGGGGUGCGUCAAGUGUUUUCUUAUCAACAAAAAGUAAAAAGUUAAAACAUUUAUAGAGAAAAAAAUACGUUAUUGUGCCUUCCGGUGGAAGUGGAUUUCCUAAUAAUUAUAAAAUUUUCGGAAACCAGCACCUGAUACUUAAGAAACUCGGUCUAGUGAAGAAGUUAGUAACCCACUGCAUCAGAACUUGUCAAUCUCCAUUAACUAUGCAAGUCGAGUCGAGUUUUUUGAAAUACGCCGGUCGCGUGCCGCCGCUUGACCUCUCACAGGUCGACACCAAUUGUCGCAAUGAAAAUGAUUUGCAGCAUCUUUGGAGUAGCAAGACGAACUCGCCGCCGACGCUGAAACGGAGCACAGCGUUAAGACAUCCCUACUUGCAUCUGCCACAUACACCCGCGCACACUCCAACCACGCUUGCUACCAAUGAUAAUAAUAGCAAAGGCAACAACGAUACCUGCAUCAGUACUAACAACAACAGAAAUAGUAAUUUUAACACGAUCCUACCGUAUCAACUGGGUUCCGACGGCCUGCCAUUAGACCCGCGCGAUUGGACACGCGCUGAUGUUUGGAAAUGGCUAAUUAAUAUGGCGCUGUCGGAGGGUCUGGAAGUGACACCAGAGCUGCCGCAAAAGUUCCCGAUGAACGGCAAGGCUCUGUGUCUUAUGAGCCUCGACAUGUAUUUAUGCCGAGUGCCGGUCGGUGGCAAAAUGCUUUAUCGUGAUUUUCGCGUGCGAUUGGCGCGUGCCAUGGCGUUGCUGUCAUAAAUUCUGGGUAUUAACACAUGUAUAACUUGUGAAUUGGUAUCAGUUAUACGCAUCCACCCAUACACAUGUACAUAGGCAUACAUACAUACAUACUAUAUAUGCAAAGAUAAAUAUUUGUAAGUGAGGUAAAUAUUGGAAAACAUCGCUGUCCUAUUAGUUUAAUGAGAAUUUAAGGCACAAUUCCUACUUGUAUUUUUAUACCAAGUGCUUGUUUUAUAUUUUAUAUAUUGUUAUAUGUAAUGAGUCCAAAAGUAAGUAGUUUUGUUAAUUAGAAAAUUUCAAAGAUAGAAAUAAAAAAGAAGGAAUACGAAAUUAUACAAUUUUCAAAUAAAUAAAACUGGUUCCUAAAAAUAAG